UUCCAGGGCCAGGGGGGGAACAAGAUGGCGGCUGCGGGAGGGGGUCCUUGCUUUUCAGCUCCCCCCCUCACCCGCCUUUUCCUUCUCCGCUGCCACCCUGGCUCCAGGAAAGAGCUUUCGCGCCGCCCCCGCCCCGCUCGGGAAGCCCCUCGCUUCCCUCCCCCAUCCCGCGCAGUCCCUGGUCCCCGUAGGCCCCGCUGCUCCCGCCCCCGUUCCGUCCGGCCCCGCUGCCGCCCCCAUUACCUCAGCAGCCGGCCCGUCCCCACCGUUCGGGGCUCCUGGGCGCGGGCGGGCCGGCCGCCUAGCAGAUCGGCGCGGCCCGGGGAGCGGAGCGCGGCCUCCUCCCGCGCUGACCUCCGUGGCCACCGCCGUGCCCCCUCCCGGCCCGCGCUGGGGCCCCGGCCCGGCCGCCGCCGCUCCCGGGGGAGGAGGGGGAAUGGAACCGCCGCCGCCGCCGCCGCUGCCGCCACGGAGCCCGGCCGAGGGGAGGGAGGGAUCAGCCCCCAGGCAGGAUCCGCCCCUCCGGCCUCCCCCCCUCCCCCCGCCACCUCCACCCCUUCCCUCGCUCCCUCUCUGGCUCCGCGGGCUCUCCCGCUGAACAGGAGCGAGAGCGCGAAAGAGAGGGGAAACAAGAAAAAAAUUCCCCCGCCCGUGCCCGGCGCGGCGGCGGCCGGGGCGGCGCGGAGAGGAGCGCGGAGCCGCUGCCGCCACAGGGCACUGUCCCCUGCUCGGCCUCACGGUGGCGGUGCGGACACGGCAGGGGCGCGGAGCAAAGGCGGGAUCUGCGCCCGCCGCGGCCCCGGCUCACGCCGACCUGGCUCGCCACGGGGAGAGUCCGACUAGAGAGCUGGGGGGCGUUCGGGUCCAGCUGGGAAAGACGGGGUCCCUAACUCCUUAGAGUGGUUAUUCAUCCCCUCCCCCAGCCCUGCGGGGGAGGUGGCUAAGGUUUGGAGCAACAACCCCCCUCCCUGAGCUAGAGGGUCCCUCCAAAGGCUAAGUCAAGAGCAGUCAUUGAAGACAAAACCGUUCUGUAGUUUCUUGGGGUGCAGGUGCCUGCAGUACUCCCAGAAAGUCGCCCCCUUCCCCCCGUGCUCCAGUCCGGAGGACAAAGGUCUAUCGAUGUCCAUACCCUUCCUCAGUGAGGACAGCCGGGGAAGACCUGCCUCUGUUGUGUAAAGGAAGCAACUGGAUGACAUUUUCCACCAAAUGAUGGAGAAAAAAAUCAAGAAAAAUAGAAGUCACGGGGUCCAUGAAAUGGGAUCCAAUACAAGAAAGAAGCAAAAGGCAUCCCCAGUUAUGAUGAAGGGAAAUCCCAGGAAGAGUUGUGUGGCAGGCUUAGGGUGCAACCAUUGGAGUUGGAGGACUCCAGAAACAACUGGAAUGGAUAAUUUACCAUAUACAUUUGACUGUAUGAGAGGAGGUUUUCAGUACUGAUAGAGAGUUUAGAGAUGGAUUUAAUGAUAUGUAUAUAGAUAAUUAAAAAUUUUAAACAGGCUAUUAUUAAUUCCAGGAAAGACAACUCAUGUGAAAAAAAUAUAAUUUCUAUAUAUUUCACAAUAUAAUUUCUAUAAGCCUGUGACUCAUUUGCAAACAUUUAUAUAAUCAUAAUGAAAAACAGAAUAGAGAUUUAACUAAAAAUUAUGAUAAAACUUUUUUGAGAAUAUGAGGUGAGUGGUAGGAGAUACAAGAAAGUUAAAUCCUCAUUGUCUAUAGUUGAAAGGUAAUAGAUAAUGUGUAAAGUUGAAAAAUCAAGAAGUAACAGUAAAUGCAAGUUAUUUAGAAAUGAAAGAUAAAUACUAGAAGAAACUACAAAAGAGUUUGAAAGCAUUGCUUAUGGAUUAGGAGAGCAGGAAUUGGGGUGAAGCAGAGAUCUCUGGUUUUAUUUUUAAGCCUCAGAAUUAUUUGAGUUUUUAUUUCUUUUUUUAAAAAUUUAUUAUUUAUUUAAUUUAUUUAUU